AUGGCCUCUGACUCCGGUUCCACAUCCCUCCUUAUUCUCCUCGACCUCUCUGCUGCGUUCGAUACCAUCGACCACCACAUCCUCCUGCACCGCCUCCAGCACCACAUCGGCCUCUCCGGCUCCGCCCUUCACUGGUUUCACUCCUACCUCACGGAAAGGACCGAGCACGUGGUCCUGGGGGACGCUAAGUCCCGCCCCCACACUGUCACCUGUGGGGUCCCCCAGGGCUCCGUGCUCGGCCCCACCCUCUUCACCAUCUACAUAUCUUCUCUGCUUCUGUUUCAUCUCUUUUCAGAUGGAUUUAUGCGGUUUUCAGUGAGCAGAUGUGACUUUAACUCCUCUGAGCUGCAGGACAUCGAGUACAUCUACUCCCACUUCUACAACAAGCUGGAGUUCGCCAGGUUCUCCAGCAGUCUGGGGAAAUACGUGGGAUACACAGAGUACGGAGUGAAACAGGCGGAUUACUGGAACAGUCUUCCAGCUGAGCUGGCCAGGAGGCAACUGCAGAAGGAGACGUACUGCAAACACAACAUUGACAUUGAUUAUCAGGCUGCUCUGGACAAAUCAGUUGCGCCCUACGUGAGGAUCCACUCUGAGACUCCUGACAGCGGCGGCCGCCGCUUGUUGGUCUGCAGCGUCUACGACUUCUACCCCAAAGACAUCCAGGUGGGCUGGCUGAGGGACGGACAGGAAGUCACCCAGGACGUCACGUCCACUGAGCGGAUGGCCGACGCCGACUGGUACUACCAGAUCCACUCCCACCUGGAGUACACGCCCAGGUCUGGAGAGAAGAUCUCAUGUGUGGUUCAUCACGCCAGCCUGAAGGACCCUCUGAUCACCCACUGGGAUCCGUCCUUACCAGAGUCUGAGAGGAACAAGAUCAUCAUCGGAGCCUCUGGACUGACCCUGGGUCUGGUUCUGUCUCUGGCUGGUUUCAUCUACUACAAGAGGAAGGCCCAAGGGCGCACGCUGGUUCCAAGCAGCUGAGUCAGGAUCCAGAUCUGAUCCUGAUCCUGGUCCUGGUUGUGGUCCUGGUCCUCGCUCCAGUUUCUGUCUUUCAGAUGGAAGAAAAAUCAUCUUCAGCUUUAAUUUGCUUUGUGGUCUCUGAACCUGAACCUGGUCCAGGUUCCUGCAGUCGGU